CAGCGCUCGCCGCGGCAGACCACUUUACUCCCUCUUUUCUCCCGACAUCUUACAUACCGACAGCCUCAGAGCCCUCGCCCGCAUCUGUGUGCCUCUCCUAACCUUCCCGGGGCAACGCUGCAGUACUAAAGCCCUUGCCUGUCCCCCUCCGACCUCUCGCUGCCGUCCUUGCUGGCGGCCCAAUUUGCAGGGCGUGCGCUUCUCGUUCUCGCCCGACGUAACGCUGCGGCUGCCAUGCAUGAUCAGCCUCUCGACUCCAAUCAGCUUCUGGGGGUGCAAUCGCGCACGCAGCGUGGACUUCGCUGAGUGGCCGCCCACUCUCAUCACAGUCGCAGUCGCCUGUCCUUUUUACUCUUACAGCAACUAGUCAAGCCUCGGACACCGCCGUGGCCGUGUCGAGGCCCAACACCAGUCCUUGGGGCGGACGCAAAAUGAGGCUGGGAAUGCAUCGAGACGCCGACGAGGGAGAUGCCCGCAUGCCUCGGCGGAGAAACCGUCGCCCAGAGGGCCAUGAUUGGUAUCCCCCAGAUGACGUCUUGCCCUAUUCGCUGCCCCAUCCACCACGCAUCCACGAGAUACAAAGGCCCGACGAUCGGACACCGAGGGGCCACGGGAGGAGCGUGAGGAGUGCAAGGAGCGCAAGGAGCCUGGACGCAUUCAAUCGCACCAUGCCGCCGCCGCACCUAACACGAGCCGAAACAGAUGCUUACAGGAGGCCCAGGGAGAUCCUGGUCUAUGAAGACGAGGAUGAGGAUUCGUCGGACGACCGUUGGGAGUCAGGGACCAGAGAGACGAGUCCCGAGUAUGAGCGGGAGCGCCCACGCCGGUCGCAUCAAGAACACCGAGGAGUUCGAGAACCCCGAACACCCCGAGAACACCGUGCGACUCGAGAACAUCGAGAACACAGAGCUACUCGAGAGCACAGAGCACCACAAGAACACAGAGUACCAAUACCUCGAGCCCACCGAGAACAUCGAGAACCUUCCUCCGAGUCGACCCCGUCGACAACGGAGAGUGAAAGUGAAAGUGACAGUGAUGAUGAGAGCGAUGAAAGUGAAGACCAAAUAGAAGUGGUCGAGGAAGUCGAGGACGACGAUGUUAAAUACCGUCGUCGCCAAGAUCGGCAUUCGAGCCGGGACGAUUACUUUGGUUCGUCCGAAGACAAGAGACUGCGGGCGAGGAGUAGAAGGAGGCCUUCCCGGUCUGACGAAGAGUAUACCGUCAACUACCGCCAUGCCUCUUCAGAGACCGGCUCUCCGAUACGGCGACAGCGUCCGCUUAGAAGGCAGGCCAGUGAUUCCCCAAAUCAUCGUCGCCAAUCCAGGGUAUUGAGUAUAAUCGAGAGCUCACGACCGCCCGUGUCAUCCAGAAGAACUACAAAGGUUUAUGAAAAUCGAGAGGUCCGCCGUGAGGGUAGACCUCGCCGGACCGCAAUCAUCCACACCACCCGGCAGUCAAGAUCAAAUUCACGACGCCCACCCAGUCUCUUAGGAAGUCUCUUUGGCGGAUCAUCCCGCCAAUCUUCUCCAGAGAGGCCAGCCAAACUUCGUGACUGUAUUGUAUGCCUGGAUGAGGUCCCUGUCAACAAGUGUCCCAGACUCAAAUGCGGCCACCGCAUGUGCCACACCUGCCUCAAGCGAAACUUCAAAAUAUCUCUUACUGAUCCCCAGCAUAUGCCUCCUAAAUGCUGCACUUCGGACCAUAUACCACUACACCACGUGGACAAGCUGUUCGAUCGCUCUUUCAAGAAGACGUGGAACCGCAAGUUUGCCGAAUAUUCGACACGGAACCGUGUGUACUGCCCAAUGAGAAAAUGUGGCGAAUGGAUCAAACCAGCCAACAUCCACCGCGACCGUGAUUCUGGACGUAAGAUGGCUCGCUGUGGCCGUUGCAAAACAAAGGUUUGUGUAUCCUGCAAUGGCAAAUGGCACCACCCGCGAAGGUGCCCAAGGGACGAAGAAACUGCCAGGUUCUUGGAGCAGGCCAAGGACGAAGGUUGGAAGAGGUGCUACAAAUGCAGAGCCAUGGUUGAGCUCAAGGAAGGAUGCAACCACAUGACUUGUCGAUGUGGUGCGGAGUUUUGCAUGAUUUGCGGUGUCAAGUGGAAGGGCUGUGAUUGCCCGUGGUUCAGCUUUGAGGGCGCUGAUUCGGACCACGUCGAGCACAUGAGUGGCCACGCCCCCAUGAGUCGUGGAGAAUUGGAUAACGGGUUCCACCAUGAGGAUCCGCCAUCGCCCGGAGAACGAAGGGCUGGCCGCGGCCUGCCUGCAGUCCGGCCACAGCCAAAGAGCUAUGAAGAAGAGAUGCUCCUACGACAGUUCCAGGAACAGCGGGACGAAGAACUGGCACGAAAGCUUCAGUACUACGGCGAGGAGGAUGAAUACGACCCCAUGGAUGGGAUAGGGGAUGUCGGUGGGGUUGGGAAUGCGCCCGCACACUUCAUGAAUGGCCAAUACGGCCACGGAGGACCACCGCCUCCGGCUGCGCCACCACCGGCAGGCCGAAACGGGUUUGACAGAGGAGACCCGAGGGGUGGACAUGGCCAUGGCGGCGGCCAUGGCGGCAGAGGUAGAGGUGCGAGAGGGGGUUCAAUGGAGCGCCGCCUCGCAGACCGAUUCUCGGAAACCCGCCAUAUGCCGGGUUCGAUGCCUGGGAUGGAACCGCCGAUGGGCCACCACAUGGGGCCUGUUUUGAUGCCACCACCACCGAUGGGGAUGCCACCUCCGAUGGGGAUGCCUCCUCCUAUGGGUAUGCCGCCUCCAAUGAAUAUGGUAUACCCAGGUCGUGUCGUGGUGGAACAUGAUCCCAACGAAUACGAUGAGGAAGGGUCAUUUUUUAGCCAAGGCUCGCACGGCAGGAGGGCCACUCGACGGAGUGUGACUCCAAAAUCGUCGACUCUUGCCGGGCUAACUGGUCGCGGCAUAGGCAUGGGACGAGUACACUCAUGGAGGGAAUAUGUCGAGCCAGGAGACUUUGAAGGAGAGAUUGCUGCUGCUGCCGCCGCUGCCCACAACAUGGCUAUGGCUUAAACAGCUCCCACAAGCUACGAGUUACGAUUAUG